GUAAAAAGUGUUUAUAAUUUUAGUGAGAGAAUGUGUUCAAAAUUUCUACUUUAGAGAGAGAAAGUGGAAAAGAAGAAGAAGAAGAAGAAGAAGAAGAAGAAAGAAGAAAGAAGAAAGAAGAAAGAAGAUGAACAUUUGUUCUCUAACCACCACUGCUUCUCAUUGCUUCUGACAAAUUCUGAACCUCAGAGAGAGAAUUGUGGUUUGCUGCGUUGUGAUUCAUUCCAGAUGCUUUGGAAAUGGGGAAACAGGAACCAGAGCAGUACCUGCAGCACCAACAGCAGAGGAACAACGCUCAACAGCAACAACGACACUCAUCGGGAAUCGUGUGCCGUGCUUUCUCCUUUCUUCUCGGAACCAUCAGUUUCAAGUGCGUCUUCGUUCUCAUACUCAGUCUCUCCGCUCUUCUUUCUGGAAUCUUCUGGAUUCUUCCCAAUUACUCCCAAAAACUCAGCUACGACGCCAAAGUUGAAAUUAAGCAUAGCGCUUUCCUUCAAGCUUCCUUCAGAAUGGACAGACCCAUCUCAGAACUUCUGCCAUACGUUGAAAGAUUAGAAUAUGAUAUAUAUGGUGAAAUAGGUCUUCCAAAUACAAAGGUGGCUGUCCUAUCCAUGCGCCAAAGUGUUCAACCUAACUGGACUGACGUGGUUUUCGGUGUUCUUUCUGUUCCAAUGAAUGCUUCAAUAGAUCCAGCACUCUUGAGUGUGCUGCGGUCAUCGUUUCUUGAACUGUUCCUCCGGCAAACCAAUCUGACUCUGACAAAAUCAAUAUUUGGGAAUGCAUGCAUAUUUGAGAUAUUGAAGUUUUCUGGGGGGUUGACUGUAAUACCAGUGCAGUCGGCUACUAUUUGGCAGACACCUGAGGUUCUCUUUAAUUUUACUCUUUAUAACUCAACAUCAGAAGUGCUGGAUAAUAUUGAUGACCUAAAGGAUGAAUUGAAGUCUGGAUUGCAUCUGAAGUCAAAUGAGAAUGUGUUUGUUAAAAUAACAAGUGAAAAGGGCUCCACAGUAGCUCCUCCAGUAACAGUGCAGGCUUCAGUCAUGCCAGGCUUUGGGAGCCUCCUACCUGGAAGAUUGAGACAAUUAGCUGAAAUAUUAAAAGGCCCUGCUGCAAGAAAUCUUGGCCUUGAUUACUCUCGCUUUGGCAUUGUCAUACAAAUAAUGUUAUCCUCUGUUUUAAGGGAUACAUUGCGUGCCACCUCACCUUCUCCUUCUCCUUCUCCUUCUCCGACGCCAUCAAUUUCUCCAGUACCCUCACCAAGUGUUGAGCAACCCCCUUGUUUCGACUGUGAAGCUUCUGCACCUGCAUCUUCUGCUAUGACUAAACUUCCUCCAGACCCCUGUCCAUAUAGUGGAUUAUAUCCUUCAAAGCCUUCACGAGAGGAUUAUUCUAAAAAUUCCUUUUCCCGCUAUCAUUCACCUCCCGCUCCUACUCCUACCUCGCAUUCAGCAAGCCACAACACGGAGAACGUCCCAGAUGCGUCACCUGAUCUUCGGGUGACCCGUGGCUCCAAGCUUCUGCAGGGUGAAGAAAUAUCUAAAAGACUGGUGUCUUAUUCACUUGCUCCAUCCUCAAUAUCUUCUGCAGGUGGUGAUUUCCAUAGCAAAAUUUUUCUACUGGGAUUUUGUAUGCUAUUAGUUUCUUUUGUUUUCCUCAAUGAUAUCACAUUUUGAUGACAUGGAGAUGUUGCCUAAGGAUCUUGAAGCCAUGCAAGGACAUCAACCUAACCAUGAUGCUUUGGAAGUUUUGCACAGACGAAAGAAGGAAGCAGCUUUCGACAAAUUCUACUAGGUCUUACUUUUACUCCAGCCAACGCAACCACCAUUGUAAAGCUUCCGGUGGUUAAACUUAAAAAGGUCAAAGCCAGAAAAGUUGGCAGGCCUCUCAAUCUAGUUUUUAUUAUUCUAUAAAGCAUUGAAAAUUGAUUCCAAAGGGAUCAACUAACGAAGAGAAUGUUCCAGAGCAAUAUUGGCCUUCAGAUGUCAAAAGAACCAUCCCUUGUAUUCAUUUUCAACUGUAUGAUAUGCAAAGUAAUUACAGGUUCUUUGAGCAUCUGAGUCUGUAAAACGUUUACAGUAGUAACAUGCAGCAAUGUGAUAAGUUUACAG